AUGGCCACUCCACCGGCAGCACCAGAAACUCAAGCGGUUCCUGAAGUUGUUCCUAGCACAAAUCCAGGAUCAUACGAGGAACUUCAUCGAAAAGCGCGAGAUGUUUUCCCAACUUGUUUUGAGGGUGCUAAACUGAUGGUUAACAAAGGACUGAGUUCACACUUUCAAGUGUCACACACAUUGUCUUUGUCACCAAUGAACACCGGAUAUCGAUUUGGUGUUACAUAUGUUGGAACCAAUCAAGUCGGUCCUGCGGAAGCUUAUCCAAUUCUUCUUGGUGAUACUGAUAUUAGCGGAAACACUACGGCCACUGUUUUACACCAACUUGGAAUUUACCGCACAAAGUUUCAAGGACAAAUUCAACAAGGAAAACUUGCGGGCGCACAGGCCACAAUUGAAAGAAAAGGACGCCUUUCAACACUUGGUGUUACUUUCGCCAAUAUUGAUUUGGUGAACGAAGGAGGAAUUAUCGUCGGACAACUUCUCCGGCGUCUCACACCUCGAUUUGACGUUGGAACGGAAAUUGUAUAUCAAUAUGGAAAAAAUAUUCCAGGAAGCCAAAUUUCGGUUUUAUCAUAUGCGGCCAGAUACACGGCUAAUCAUUUUACCGCGGCCGCCACGCUGGGCUCAUCUGGAGCUCAUCUUACUUAUUAUCAUAAACAACAUGAUACUCUUGCAUUCGGUGUUGAGUUUGAAUGCAAUGCCAAUGUUGGAGAGGCGGUUACCACCAUUGCUUAUCAAGCCGAAAUGCCUGAUGAAGGUGUGACUAUGCGCGCAAGCGUUGAUACCAAUUGGACGGUUGGUGGUGUAUUCGAGAAGCGCUUGAGUCAGCAAUUACCAUUCACCCUCGCUCUUUCGGGAACCUUCAACCACGUGAAGGCAGCCGGAAAAUUCGGAAUUGGUCUCGUUAUCGGUUAA